CACGUGGUCAGUUGCCGGCGUCGGGUGGUUGCUGCAGCAACGUUGGCGGGAAGCGGCCGUUGCAGUGAGCGAGUAGUACUCCGGUUCCGGAGCUCAGCAUCUAAAUGGAAUCUAAAAUGGCUGCUGGGAAUCAUGAUGCCAUUUCUUCAGAAGAGCUUCGGAGGAGACUUUAUCAAACAUUCAAAAAUCGGGGUGUCUUAGAUUCUUUAAAGUCGCAGCUUCGAAAUCAGCUUGUCCAUGAAUUAACGCAUCCUGGUUUAAAUGGACUGUUACCCGUGAAUGGUCAUCGGCAUCAGAAUGCUUCCACAGAAGAAAGUUCUCUAUUGGUUAUGGCUGCAAAUAGCAUUGUAGCAGACCAUUUAGGAAAGAUUGGAUAUGAGUACUCACUGUCUGUUUUUUACCCAGAAUGUGGCUUAGAAAAAGAAAAGGCAUUUACAGCAAGAGAUCUCCUGCAAGUUUUGAAGAUCAGCCCCAGAUCAGAGCUUUACAAAUCCAUUAUUUCAAAUCUUGAAAAAAAUCAAAAAGGUUUUCUUAUUCAGUUUCUGAUGGAACUGGCUGACUAUCACCUAAGUCGAGCACAUCAGGAUGCAGAAACUCAGACUACCUGUGCUUCAGAGUACACAGAAUCUAUUGUUGAUAAACUUCAAAUGAUUGAUGAAGAAUAUGCAGCAUUUCAUCCAACAAAUUUACAAGAGGACUUCUGGGAAACUAAACUGCUUGUAUAUCGUAAACAAAUGGAAGAACAGCUUCAGGAAGAGAUGCGGCAAGAGCUGCAACAUUUUAAGGAUCUGGAAUUGGCUAAGGUUCGGAUUCAGGAGAAAGAGCACUCACAGAAGAAUAUAGAAGAGAUCAGAUUAAAGCUAGACAAAAUGUACCAGAAAAAGUCUGAGACGUUGAUUACAAGAGAGAAGAAUGCUAUUGAGAGACUUCAGAAACAGCAGGAGAUUGAGGAAAAAGAAAUAUAUAUACAGAGGCAAAGUUUACUGAAAGAUAUUGAAGCUGUGCGAAAUAGAGAGAUUGAACUUCGACAACGAAUCGAAGCCUUUGAACUGACUCAGGAUUUGCAUGACCAAAAGAACAAGAGUUUAGAGGACGAUCUGCGGAGACGGGAGCUUGCAGUGAAAAAUAUUGAGGAAACUUACGAGCAGAAGCUGAAAACUGAACUGUGCAGGUAUCAACUGGAACUACAGGAAGAGCAUCGUCAAAGAAUGGAAAAAGUGACUGCAAAUGAGAAAAGACUUGAAGCAGAGGCAGCUCGACUGCACGAGGAGUCUGUUAUUAUUCAUUCCAAAAGAGAGGAACUCCAAGAAGCUCGUGUUGAAGUUAAGAAGCUGGAGGUGGAAAUGAAUGCAGCUACAGCCCAAGUUUGUUUGUUAAUGAAACAAAAUGAGCUGUUGAAUGAAAAGCUCAAGGAAGUAGCAGACUAUACUACGUUAAAGACAGAAAAUGUACGGCUUCAGACUGAGAUUAACAUGCUGACAAAACAGCUUGAUGAAGCUCAUCGUGAAAAUCAGAAACUGCUUGAAACGCUGAAUCAACCUUCUGCUGCACAAUUAACUCUUCAAACUGAAUUGAAGAAAGCAGAAUAUUCAAGAAAGCUUGACCAAGAUGAAUAUCAAAACCAAAAACAGAUUCUGGAACAACAGCUACAGAAUGAGAUGGAACGGUAUGCAAGGGUGAGAAGCCAACUUGUAGACUAUGAGGAUCAAACCAGAAGGCUGAAUGGAAAGAUUGAUGAUUUGAAACUUCAGCUGCGACAAACACAGUUGGCUUUAGAGAAUGAAGUCUACCGCAAUCCAAAACCAUCUCUAAUUGAUCGGUCAAUCAUUGACCUCACUGCUGACAGACUUGCACCACAUGAUACUUAUAUAGAUGUUGGUUUACUUGGCAGUCGAGUAGCACCUGAAGAUCGUCUGUUCCAUCCAACGUCUGCAAUGUGUGCUAAUUACUGCAAGUUAACUGAAAAAACCUGUUCUUCACCAGAUUCAGACCAGGAUUUUGUAGCAGGAGCAAAGGCUCGAAUAAGAGAGCUGGAAAAAGAGUCUGAGAACCUAGAGGAAGCCUACAGAAACUACCAAAAUAGAAUUAUUCGGACCGCCAUUCAGAAAAGUUCAGAAACUCAAGCUUUUUCUCCAAUGUCAGUUAACAAUAUUCUCAGUAGAAUUCCAUCCACCCACCAGCAUAGAGUAACAUUUGCAGACAACGCCUUUACUUCUCAACAGCUACAGUUUACGACAAGAGCUCAAAUACAUGAGGAAAAUCACAGACAAAUAACUAAAAUUGAAGAUCACCAAACUCCUGCUGUAUCUCAAUUUACAUCUCCAAGACACUGUUCUUCAACACCUGUCAAGCAUAAACUUAAAUAUGAUCAGUGUAGUAGAACGUCAGAAGGUGUCGAUGGAUCAUUUCUAGCCAUUAUGCCCAGUGUACCGGGUCAGCCAACAUCAAUUACAACUAAUGAACUCCAUGUUGUCAACAGUCCAAACUCUCUUUUACCUGACACAAAUGAAAGAUCUGAAAGUAUUCCAAUAGACCAUCCUGUAUCUUGUGAAUCUUCAACAAAUCAAAGGUUUGAAGAACUGAUUGAGCAAUCAGAUGACCAUUUUGAAAUUGAGCAAGAAGGCAAUCUAACCCUUAACAAAACUUUGUCCCAGCACUGGGGGGAAGAUGUUAAUCGAGGAUCUGUUUCUUUAUUAGACCAAGAAACAAUUUUAAAUCCUGCGGAUACAGGUGCAGGUAAAUUCAAAAAUCCUGAAGAAGAGAAGGGCAGCGAGAAGGAGAAGGGCAAAGAAGAAGAAAAGACAUGGGAACAUCAGAGGCAGGGAGAUGGAGACAAACAGUGCCUGGAAAGACAGGAAGCGAUGGAAGGGGAACAGAGACAUCUGGAAUUCCUAGAACAGGAAAAGGAGGAAAUACUGAAGAUAGAGCCAAACAAAGAAAGAUCAAAGGAGUGGAUUUCAGGAGGUGCAGAAUUGCCAGCUUCAAGUACAGACCCACUUGAAAAAUAUAUGAAAAUAAUUCAACAGCAGAAGGAAGAAGAAAUGCAAGAACAGAGUUCUAAAAGAGAAGUAGAAGAGAGUUCUUUACUCCAAACAUUGUCAGAUGGAAAAGCGGGCAGUUCUGCAGCUUCACAUGAUGAAGGUGAUGACAAUUUCUGGUGAAAUACACCCAACUACAACACAGAUCUACUGCAGAAUGUAAUCCAUUGUACACUUGAAAUUUUAAUUGGAUUCAUAUAAAUAUUUAAUUCUUAAUAAUGUUCUGUCUAAAGACAUCUUUUUCAAAAUACUUAAUUAGUCAAUGAACAUUGUGAUUAUAUUGAUACAAUUUUCAUGCAAAAACGCUGCAAAAUAUAAGUAUGAGAAAAAGUUAAAUAAGUUUUGAUACAAACUUAUCCCUUCAGGUCUGUAUUUUUCAGCUACGGCCUGUAGUGUAACCUGCUAGUACUACCUUCGGAGACUGAUAUUUAUAUGUGUAGUAACUUAUUGCGCAUGAGUAAACCUGUUGAGGUAAAAGUGAAACCGGAAGAGAAAAAGGCUAAUUAAAAAUAACACGUGGAUAGUAUGAAAAGGAAAAUGAAAGAAACACACAUUUCAGAAAUAAGAGGGUGGGAAGAAAUCAAAACAGGCUCCAGAUAACAAAAUAAAGAGCAAAAAAGAGAAUUGUGGCUUCUGCCCCCCAGGUUGUUGAUUGAUAUCUUUGGCUUAGGUCAUGCAUCUGCAUAGACAUAAAAUUUUAACUCAAAUGACUUAUUGGCCAUUUGGAAGGGAACACUAGAAAGAUGAUGACUGAUACAAUAGAAAAUAGUUUACUUAUCAGAUUAUAAAAGACAAAUUACAGAAGGUGAUUCUAAACCAUGCAAUUUCAAUGCAUAGAAAUGUUCUGCUCAAGCAACUUAACGAAACAGGGUAAAAUCUAACUUUUAGUUCAGGGCAAACAUUCAAGUCAGAUUUACCCACAUGCUUUGUUUGCUCAAUAGUAUGUUCAACUGUUUUGCCUUGGAUACAAAGAGUUUGACUUGCUGAAAUGUACAAGAAUACUUUAAACAUCUUAACGCUAGGAGAAAUAGCUUUUAUUUAAUUGUUAAUGAAUUAGCACAUAACUACUUAAAUUGAAAAGUAAAUUUCCACAGAAAAAUCCUGGAAACAAACUUGGUUAAUCUUUCUCUUCAUAUGUAAGUGAAGUUUAUAUGCCCAAGUUAAUGUUAAAGUUUAAUUUGAAAGAAUGCUGUAUACUAAAAAUGAUUUAAUUACAAAAAGUGACGUAAAAAUGAAUUUAACAUAACUCUUCUAGAAUGUCUGUUAAUGAAAUUUGUCACAGGAAAUGUUCAGGUUAACAAUGUGCGAAGAAAUGUACUUUCGUUCAAAUAAUUAAACUUGUAAUAGAUAUGAGAAUUUUAGUUCAAAUCAUAAGAACAAUUUAUAAUCACUGGCUUUUGCAUGUCCUAAUUUUAGCAGUAUGUUUAGUAAAGGAAAAUUGUAAAUGCCUAAAAUUAGCAUUUGUCGACGUUAGAAAGAAAAAGCUGGAGGAAUGAGGCCACCUGAACUGUAAAAUAACGUUAACUAGAUUUAAUCAUCCACUUCUGUCUAUCAAAACUGAGCUAAAACUAAGUAAUGAGUGGUGUUGGUUAAUUUGAACAACAAUAGAAAACUUAAACUGCAUGUUUAAGAUAUAAAAUGAUAAAUGGUUAAUGUAUUAGAUUAUAUUUGCUUAUUAGAAGCACUGAAAAUACUAAUUUCAGGUUGGAUAUACAAAAAAUGCAGGCAUGAUUAAACUAUCUAGAAUCUUAAAAAUUUGUUAAUAAUGAAAUGAUAAAGAAGGCUGUGGUCUACAGUAAUAAAUCAGAUUAUUACAUAUGGAAAAUGAAAGAGAUCUAUUGCAAAACCAUUAUGUAUUUGGAAUACAUUUACUUGGAUUCCAAAAGCUAGUUUCUUUCUCUUUUUGCUAGCUCAAUUAGUUUACUUUUGCUGCCACCACCCCAACCUCACACACACACAUACACACCCCACAGUAUCCCCACCGCAAAACCGUUGUUGAUCUGUUUGUAAAGCACACUGAAGCUGUACAGCGAAUGUAGUCCAGAAAUGGAAAAAGGGGCCUAAAGACUAAUUCCAAGUACAAUUUAUGAUGAAAAUAAAUCUAUUAAAACUGAGCACUUUCCUGGAAUCUUAGGAACUGAGAACUGAGGAAUGAUCUGUCAUAGAGGAAUUAAUACAAACUGCUCACUGAAGAUGUUCAGUUUGGUUCUGAACACUUGCAAAUUUGCUUGUUAAUGGACGCACAUCUGCACUGCACAGCAGUCUAUAGAUUUGUCACAGCUGCUAGGUUUUCUGUUCAAUGGCUCUGCUGGUAAAUGUUGGACUGUAUUGUUCUUAUGUGUAAGAAUUCAGUCGUUCUUUUGAUCGGGAAGCAUGGAUAUCGUGAAGUUCCUGCUCUUCUUUCGUUUUGAGAUCCUGGUAUAUUUGCAUUUUGCAUGCAUCCUUCAAGUACGCCCAGUUUGCAGACAAAAUCAUGAGGAAAUGGAUCUGGAAGAGAAGGGUGAGGAGGAUGGCUAGUGAGCAUGUCAAGAUGCAUAGCAUGCCGCUAGUCAAAUUACUCCAAGCUGUUAAUUAAAACAAGGUUACAAUUAAGGGUAAAACUAAAGAUCAUAUAAUUCUGAAUAGUGCAACAACUUAGCUGUUAUUUGGGAUCAUACAAAGACACAGCUGUCAACACACAAAAGUAUGGACAUGAAAACUAAUUCAUGAAGCUCUAUCUAGAAAUACAGUUUAAAGAGAGACAUAUGGACAGUUUUCUAUGUCCUGAAGUUUUUUGAAAAUCAUGAACCAAAGCUAGAAAUGAAGUCUUAUUAAACUAAAUUCAGUAUUCUGUAUUUUUAAAGGAUGUUUUCUAGGUAUGCACAUACAACAGUCUAAAUUAUAUGGAAUAUAUAAUGCUAUUUUCAUGAAUGAGAAUUCCUGUUUUCUUAGGAGAAUGUUCGUGAAAAAUGUGGGUAUAAAAUUGCCUAAAUCCAACCCAAAAUGUAAAUAAUGUAGAGAAGACUGCAUUUUGAAUCAUCAUAGAACUCCUACAAUGCAGAAGCAGGCCAUUCGAACCAUAGAGUGACCCUCUGAAGAGCAUCUCACCCAGACAUAGCUCCCCACUAUAUCUCAUAAUCCCACAUUUACAAUGGCUAAUCUACCUAACCUACACAUCCCUGAACACUUUGGAUAAUUUCAGCAUGGCCAAUCUACCUAACCUGACAUGUUGUUGUCACUGAAAAUUGAUAACAGAAAUGCUAGAGGAAUGUGUAUGAAUUAACAUCAAUGACUGCAAAAUGAAGUUCAAUAGUUGUUGGUAUGGUUUCAGAAAGCUUCAGAAAGAAUGUCUACGUCUCAGUAUCUUAAAAUACUCCCGAAGGAAAACUAGGCUUCAAAAUUGGUUUAAAAGCAAUCAUUUUUGGAUAGCUAGAAAAUCCAAGUAACUUCACAGCUGAGGCUAAUGUCCAGACUUUUCAUAAUCUUUAAGUUUUUAAAGUCACUAACUCCAAAUCACUUCUGCAAAAACUGAAGAGAAGUAAAUGGAUAGUGGAGUUUACAUUCAUACAGUUAUUUGUUCAGAGAACUGAAUGAAGCGGAACUGAUGCUAACAUUAAAAAGACCAAAAAAAACUACAAAUUUGAAAGACCAAGUGACGAAGAGAGGAAACAACUGAAAGAUGUUGCAUUGCUGCACAGAAUACAGGUCUUCAGGUGUGAUAGGGAACAAAGAAGAUCAAAAAGAGAAAAAGGCAGGGGAAUUCAUGAAAGUGAUCCAAAGUAGAGGCAAGAGAUUUGAGAGACUAUUGCUACAUCAUUCUUGUGAGCUUUAGAGCGGACAUCUGGAGUUUUAGCAUAACUGCUUACGAGGCAUUUUUGGUAUUCAUGUGUGUCAUUCCAAAAUGUAGAUAAAGGUUAGAAUAUCCUCUCACUGUUCAAAUAAUAAUCCAAAUUGUACCAUCUGAGCAGCUGUUUGUCAGACUUGGCUACAUAACUAGAAACUGUCCUCUGCUUAGACUGAUCAAAGAAUUGAGUGGUUAACUAAGAAGUAGAAGAACCUCUUGUGUUUAAACUUGAAUAAAGUUCAGUUGUUCUACCUUGACUUCCAAAAUUAGCCAGAACUGCAACAUCAAGACUUUGUUAGCUACAUUAAACUGUAUAGAGUCUAGUCCAACUUAAUAAAAGUUAGAAUAUAACAGCUCUGACUGAUGGGAAAAUAUUGCUAUGCAGUUAAAAGUAAAUAGAUAAUACUGGCCAAAAUAGUUUGAUGAUUACUACCUUGCCUAGACUGUGAGGGCAAAAAACAGAGGGGUAUUGAUAAUGGGUCACGAAAGAAGAGAGAGGAAGAUGUGGGAUUCCUGGAUGGGAAAAUCAGUCGGUUGACAGAAAGUAGCAAAUUAAAUGGGCAAGCAAUUAAUGACAAUCGAUUGAUGGCAGGUCAUAACUGUCCGAACUUUUCUUUUAAGUGGUAAUAUUUUACAGUGAAUUAAAUGAUUAAAUUAUUAAUAUUGCUGAUUGUAUAAUUGAUUUAGUAUGCUGUACUGCACAUUCCUACACUUGCAAGUUUGUAAAUUUUGGAUUAUAUUUGUGUUAUUUUUAGGGAAAAAUAGGCAUAAAUGUGAAACAGGUUUGAAGAUUACUCUGAAGCAUCCUGUAAAAAUAGGUAUUUUGCUAAAUAUAAUUCAAAACCUUACAAUUCUGAACAGUGCUAGAACUUGUUACCAGCGGGGCAGAAUCAGACAUCCCAGCAUUUCUUAUUGCUGAGAAUGAGUUGUCAAUGAGCUGAUUAAGCUACAGUUUGCUUAGGGUAUCGUGCUUAGAAUUGUGUGGGAAAGCAAAGAAAAUAAGCAUGCAUAAUCUUGAAUUAUGUUGUGUCCAUUGUUGGCUGAUGAUUGUGAAACAGAUGUAACAGUUUUCCACCUCCCAACUAAAGGAGAAGGUGCACUGGUAAAUCAAAUUGGGUUGGGGAUAAAUAAUAAAGGAACACAUGUAAUUCCUAAAAGCAUAAAACUUUACUGGAGAAUGAUGAAAAUCACGAAAAGGCAGCGAUUUUGUAAAGAAAGCAUGUUUAUUUUGAGUAUAUGAAGAAAAAAAUGAUUGAAAGUCAAUAAAGUGUCUAUACAUACAAUUUCAAAAUACUGCAUUAAGAAAAUUAAAUAAUGCCGAAAUGUGGGAAUUUUUGUAACAAAAGGUGACUAAAAACAAGCGUAAAGCAUGCAGUUUUGAGGUUAACAAAUAUUAUAAUGGCACAUUUGAAGAUUUUUAAAAUGUCUGGCAAAGGCAAGUGUUACACUUAAUUAACAAAGAAACAAUGUACUAACCCUUGGCUGUCAAUGCUGCAACUGUAGAGAAAAAAUGUUAGUACUUAGGGCAGUCACUCAUUCUCAUACUAAGCCUCAAACUGGUGCAAUCCCAGCAACACAGAAGAACCCUACUCAUGGGAAUGGGGAAUAGGAGACAACCUAUAUUCCAUCACUUCUUACACCAAACAACCUAUUUCUCACAAUCUCUUGUGCUCCAACAAACAAAGCAUUUGCCAUGGGUCAGGUGCAAGAUCUGGCUAUUUAAGGAGUCAGUUUCUUAAGACCAACACUGGUCUGGUUGUAUUCAGUUGGUCAUUUAACAAAUUUAGGCAGAUUCUUUUUGAUGCACAAGGUAUCUUAAAAGCAGUUUAGUUGCUGUCACUGCAUUAUUUCCCUUUUAAAACUUAUGUUAAUGUUUUCUAUUAUAGAAUACAAAGCUUGUCUUCCUGUAUUUUUAAAGUCAGUAAUCAGUCUGUGUUAGUUUGUUAUAUAUUUCCAUAACAUCAAAACUUUUUGAAGACAGUAUUCCAGAGAUGAGAAAAUUAGAAAACUUAACUGGGUGCAAAAUAUCUAUCAAUGCAUACUUGCCUGUUAAAUAGAAAUUUGCUUUAACAAAUCAUGCAUGUUCAAAGCUCCUAUAUGUGCCCUUAACUGUUCGUGAUAAUGGAACAAAACAGAUAAACCAUUCCCACAAAUCUACUUGUUUCCAAUACCAGCAGCAUUUAAUUGGACCCACUUUUUCCACGUGAUUUUUUUAAAAAAAAUUGCUAAGUGCAUUGCCUUGGUAAACCAGAAUUUAUAAUUUUUUAAAAUAAUGAAAUCAAAUUUACAAAAAUGUUUGCCUUAUAACAAUAAUAAUUUACUGAUUUGUUUUUUGUAGAGGCACAAUUCACUGAGUGAUCUGUGUGCUUUUAUUGAACUGAGCACUCUUAAUGAAGGCAAAAAUGGUAGGAGAAAGGCAUCUGAUUGGGCACUUUAUUGGUUGUGGUAUUUUAAACUGAUCAGCCAAUUUAGUUUGUUUAAAAUAUAUCAGCCAUGUGAAUUUUUAAAGCUUCCAAACCAUUUACAAUGUAGUUCAAGUUAGUCACCCUGUGGCAAAUACACUAAUUGAUUUACAGUUCUGACAAGCCUCACAAUUUGGCAAUACUGGAUGAAUAAAGUUGAUCUGAAAGAGUCCUUUAAAAUGAAAUGGAGUUAAAGCAGAUUGUGGGAAAGCUUUGACAUAACAAGUUUUGCCCCAAUAAAUUUCUCUUGUGUUUAACACAUAGCAAAUCAGUUUUGGACUUUUUAAAAUUUUGUCACCAUUAGUAGUGAAAUUUCUCCAUAUCAAACCAUUGACAAACGUUAAUUCUUCUAUGUUAAGUCUAUCUCAUCAUCAAUUGAUAACAAACACGCAUAUACUUGCAAUGGCAUGUGCGUGAGCAACUGAAUGAUUUGGGACCAACCGAUUAUAUAUAAACCUUUCUUAUCAAUGCAAUGCGAUCGGCAUGAAAUAGUGAUCCCAUAUUAAGAGACAAAAAUAGCCAGACCGUACAUCUCUAUGGCAGUCAUGUUAAUUCAAAAAAGACACUAAGAAGAGUGGUGUAAGUGUUGAAGCUAUAUGAUGCUUUCUUGUGCUAUUUACAAAUUAUUCUUUUGUAAAAUGCAGAUUAAUAAGUUCUGUUUUAGUCCAUGAUGCCAGUGGUAGUUCAAGCUACUCAGUGCGGCUCGUAGAGCUCUGUAUACUGCUUCUAUAGCAACUUAGAAUUUUGUGCAGCAGUCUUCUCGACUCUUAAACUUCAAAACAGCAAAGUUAUAUGUAGUAGCCAUCAUGUAGAUGAGCUGGUAGAAGGAAACAGAACAAAGUGAUAAGACAAUGCUCACCGACACCGGCACCCCAGACAACACUGCAAAUCCAUAUAAACACCUAUCGAUAAAGUUUGACAACAAAAUAAAAUCCAUUCAUUUUGGCAGAAAUAUCUACAAACAAGAUUGUGCCUUUCAAUGAACAUAGUAACAUUUUCAAAUUAUAUAGUGCAAGCCCAUAGCCCCAAACAGCUUUUACAAACAAGCAGUACAAAUUGUAUUCAACAGACACAAUAGGAAGUCAAACACCGUGUAUCAUCAACUUUGACAGAUCAAGGUGACAGCAUUUUAAACACAUCUAUCAAAUUGUUCUUACAGUUGUAAAAUCGAGAUGGUGUUCAACAAAUAAUGAUCAACAUUUAUAUUUAGCCCUAAAAUAAAUCCUUUUCCUAACUAAAGGAAUUUGGUUCAUAAAUGCUAGAUUAGCUGCUACUCUAGAAUAGCAGAUCAAAGUUCAAGACACUAAAUUCAAACUGCAGUCUCUGCUGAUAUUCAUUUAGAACACAACAGGAAAAAAAACCAUGUAAUGAAAUUAUCCAGUGGUCCCUUUUCAGAGUACUCAAAAGCACCAUCAAUGGAGUCAAAAGAAACCAGAAUGGUACAGGUUGAACAGAUCAAGUAAAGUUUGAAAAGAUAAAAGUAAGCUAAACAACAAAAUAAUCAGUUCUGCUCCACAACCUAUCCCUAAUCUGAAGGUGCUUAUCUUUGGAUUACCUGAGUAUCCUCUCAAUUUUUGUUGUGAAAUACCAAAGAUUUUUAGCCAAGUGUUUGUCAUGAAUGUAUUGUGUUAUUACAAUGUUCAUUUUUCAAAACAAAUCCAAUAAGAUUCAGUCCAAAAUUAAUUUUAUAUUGUAAUAAUAAUGAAUUUAGUGAUCAUCAUCUUUAUUUCAGUGUUGAAAAGUUAAAUACAACUACAAAACUAAAUACAAUUGUAAAUUGUACAGUUUACAUCAAACUUUCAAAUUCUACUGAAAUUAAAC